AUGCUGCCUCCACCAGGAAAGGUCAAAGCCGCUAGUAUCUGGUCAUUCGACUCCGGGUAUGGAUCGAAUACCUUGGAAAAUGAGGAAAACUUUCAGACCAAUCAUCACGCAAGCUCGUCUACCUACCAAGUGUCUUCUUCACUCUCUAGCGUGGGCUAUGGUGGCCUCGCCAACUUCCAGUCUGAUGGGCGAUUACGACUGAGAGCACCGGGAUCUACAGUUGAGCCGGUGAUCACUAAGCUCAAUGUGUUUACAACACGGGCAGGCUUCAACACUGAGUUACUGGCCCCACCACAUGCCCAUAAGCGUGACGAGUGUAUCACGUGCCAACUUUGGAAUAUCACCAAUCCUGAUGAGGGAUUAAAAUGCAGUGAUUGCAGUGGUGAUACUUCAAUGGUACCUGAUGCUAUCAAUCACCAGGACAUACAAUCGAAGACCCAGAUCACCGUAUUGGAUACUACAAGCGUGUUACAACCAGAACACCUCUCGCAGAAACCAGCUGCCAGAAGGUGUUCAGCCUGCGAAAUUGCGGCACUGAUCGACCCCGAUCAUUUGUCUACAUGUUCUUCUUGCGAUCCGAUUGCAUAUCGAUCUUCGCCAGAGUCACCAAUCUGCAAUAGCAGGAUCAAACGUUCAGGAGCACGAAGACCACCCACCAAGCUUGAGUCGCAUGCCUUACGUUGUUUGAGAGAAUGGCUACAUGAAAAUCGAAAGAAUCCGUAUCCCGACGCAGAUACUAAACGUUCGCUCGCCCAGCGAUGCGGUAUAACCGAGAAACAGGUCAAUACAUGGUUUACGAACGCGAGGGCACGAGGAAAACUUCUCAAACACAAUGCAUCAGAUUCUGCAUCAGAAGACGAAGGCUCUUCCACCUCUAAACGCUCCAGCACAGCGCCAGCAGUCAAGAAAAAGAAUUCCUUGAGCCCGACGGCGCGGUUCAACCCCAAUUAUCCAGAUAUAUCCUGCUCGGCUAGUAGUAGCUACAGCCAGGAGAUCGAAGUUCCUCCUACUUCUCGAAGAGGCAAGAAGAAAGACUACGGUCAGCUUGGCGUCUUAUUUGCUACACCUCAUGCCUUGCACAUCCAAUCCGAACCGACAGUCUCAACCAUCUCCGCCAAGGGUAACGGUUCGGAGACAUGGCAAUGCACUUUCUGUUAUCAACGUAUCGCGCACAAGUCAUGGCGUCGUCACGAGGAAACUCAACACCGGCCGAAGCGGAAGUGGACAUGCUUACUUACUGGACCCAGCCUUCAUGUUGCAUCCCGCACGGCUAUUUCUACGUACUGCGUCUUCUGCAAAAUUCCAGAUCCUAGUGAAGAUCACUUACUACUUGCUCAUCGCAUAUCAGAAUGCGCAAACAAGAGCGAGCACGAGAGAACAUUCCUGCGACCUGAUCAUUUGCGACAACACGUCAACAACUUUCACAAAGCGCCCCUAGAUGGAGAAGUCAGAGAUCUUUGGAGGAGAGGGGAAACAGGAGAUGAAACGGCUGAAGACUGGAUCUGUGGCUUUUGCGGACAUGAGCUUAAGACAUGGGAAGCAAGAGAAAGGCAUAUCGCUAAGCACUUCAAAGAUGGUUCAACAAUGACAGAUUGGAAGGAACACACCAAUUUAGUUGCAGGAGCUGACCCAAGCAAAAAACGCCCGACUUCGAGUGAAGGGCGACCGAACGCAUUACCCAAGAUUGCCAGAAUGCACACUGAUCUCCCAGUACGGCAACAACACCAACACGAGUCGGAUCGUAUGAUCGUAGAUGGCCUUGACUCAAGCUUUGAAAUCGCGGAUACAGAUACAAUGUUAUCGCGUUCACCACUCGAUGGAACUUUUGGAAGCUUCAUUCCCCUGGUCUGGGAUCGUGAUUAUGUAGAUACAAGCGGCAAGGACUUGUGCGAUCGGGACAAUGCCUUAGACAGUGGUUGUGAAUCGGGACUUCCUGGGAUUGACAACGGGGAAUUUGGGCUUGAAAGUUUCGGUGCUGGCUGGCUGGAGGGCACCCUGGGUCUUUCCGAAUGUUGGCUCUGGUAG